AUGGGGAAGGAGGGGGGAGCGGAGAACAACACGUGUUUCAGAGGCUGCUGCUCCAGUGACAAGAUCCCCCUCCACCUUCCCCCAACAUCCUUUUCCUUGCUCGCUCCAAUCGCCAAAGGUCUCUCUCUCUCUCUCAAUCAUACGGAUGAGUACCUGCUCAAUCUCUGAAUUGUUCCGUAUUUCUGGUCCAAGGAUCUGAGGGCACGGUUUAUGAGGCGCGACUCAAUGGUAGGCGGGUGGCGGCGAAGAGACCAGUCCUAUCCACGGCCGAGGACAUCGACAAAUACCAUCGUCAGCUGAAGCUGCUCUGGUGACUUAUGAAGCUCUCUUUGCGUCGUUCUUCGGUCAAUUCCCGGGAGUUUCAUCCAUUGGAUUUGUCGGACUUGAAAUUAGUAGAGUCUGCCUUUAAUUCCACUUGUUUUUGUAGCAACCUGGAUCAUCCCGGACUGGUGAGACUGAUUGCGGCACACGCGAGGCCUCCAGGUUACCUGCUUUUCUUUGAGUUCUACGAGGCCCCUAACCUUGCUGAGAAGCUGCAUGUCGAGGAGUGGAACCCGACUACCGAUGAAGUUUUCAGAAUUGCCUGCGAGAUUGGUAUGAUCCAAAACUAUGCCCUAUAUCUGCGUUUCCCACUCUUUAUGUGGUUCUCUCAAUAACUUGGUUACGUUUUAAGUGAAAAAUAAAACAAAAUCCAUUUCUUUGCUCGUGUUCCUACUGCUUCUUCGAAAUUUUCUAUUUUAUGUUUUGAGUCCAUGAGAGGAAAUGUUUAUUAAAUACUCCUAAUUCUCAGUGGGUUGCUCUUAUGCUCUGCUUGCUGCUCCUUCUAUUAAAUACUCCUAAUUCUAGUCAUGUAUGGUUUGCUGUAGAUACCUCACCAGAGUUCACUGCUCAUAGAGCUCAAUGGAUUGACAUUUUCAUGUCAGAAGACAGUCAUAUUUAUUGAUUGCUUGAUUUUGAAGAAUCUUGGAGAAUGGAUGUAUUAAAUAUCGCAUUAAAUGUUUCUAUCGAAUGCUUUAGUCAACUAAAAUCCGUUUGGAUUCAAAUGUGGGCAGUAAUUAAUGUCACCAUUGAUUUACCACAUACAUCUAAUAUUUACCACUACAUUGUAAAUUUUAUUUUUGCAUCAUAUAAGUUUUCAAUAGAGUACCUUUCGCAGAAUAAGCAUAAGAGCUUCAUCAAAUUUUCGCAUCGCCAAUUCAUUUAAGCAUUUUUCUAAGCUUAUGAAAAAUCUUGAGAGUCUUUCUUCUCUUUGAAUUAUCUUUAAAUUAAAUUUAAGUAGAGUAAUCCUCUGCUUAACUACGCUCAUUUUCUUCCAUGAUGGUGAUGAUCCAUAUUAGAUUGUCCUGUUCUUAUUAAAUUGAGACAUGAAAAAUGAGAAUCUUUUUUUUCUGGUUAGUGUUCAUUAAUAUCAUGACAGACAAAAGGCAGCAUGCCAGAUGUAGUGUAUGACACAGUUGCCUGAAUAAAUCCGUCCAAGCCAGUAGGAAUAUGUCUGCGUGUGUGUGUGUAGUAACUUUAUUGGACGGAAACAAGUGCGCUAGAAUAAGAACUUCGUCGAUUUGAUAAAGUUUCUCUAAAUGAGACUUCAGUGGGAUGGCCCAAUAAAAACCUGUGUUCAUAUCAAACUUACAUUUUGGACUGGGUUUGGCCUAAAUUCAUUCCUGGAUGCUUCACACAAUCUUUUCGUAUGAGAUUUCAGAAAGUGACCGUCUCCCAAUACUGUUUGACGUUAAAGAGUUCGUCUGGUUUGUGUACUGAUUAUUAAGGUUUUCUUUUUCUUAAGACCAAUUCUUAUAUCCAAACAUUGGAUUUUCUUUUCUUUUUUGUAGCAAAAGCUCUGCAGUAUCUUCAUAACUUGGGAAUUGUACAUCGGGACAUAAAACCAGCAAAUAUCUUGGUAAAUAUCACGGUUAUACUUUCAGAAACUGGUUGGUUAGACGAGAUACUUGCCCCAGCUUUCUGCAAUGUAGAACUUUCUGAUAUUCUUGAAUCCAUUGCAGCUGGAUACAGAUCUACAUCCACAUAUUGCAGAUUUUGGUUUAGCGAUAUAUAAAAGGGAUCUUAAACAUAUUUCUGUUGAAAAUUGGAGAUCAUCAGGGAAGCCAACUGGGGGAUUUCACAAGAAGAACAUGGUUGGGACACUUAUUUACAUGGCACCAGAAAUAUUGAGGAAGGAUGUGCAUACAGAAAAAUCAGAUGUCUACAGUUUUGCAAUAACCCUCAAGUAAGCUUUUGUUCUUGUCAAAAUCUCAUAAUGUAGUAGUGAGAUGCUCAUCUUCCCGUGCACUUUUCAAAAUUAAGAACUCAUUAAUAUAUCACCGCUUUGAAAGUGAAAUUGUUAUGUUACUUUUGGAUCUAUAUAAUGAUGCAUUUACCUCGUGGAAACAAGUUAUAAUUAAAGAUAAGUUGAACUGUUGAACAUCUAAAUUUUUUCCCCCAGAAGCUUGGCAAAAUACUUGGAUAUUAUUUCAUUAUCUCCUCAUUUUUUUCCUAUCAUUGUUGCAUGAUGCUUCAAGCCGUGAACUAUGACCUGACUUAUGAACUUUUUAGUCGAUCACAUUUAUUGAAAGCUGACCUCUAUGAUCGCAAAAUUGCAUUGUCUGGUCUGAUUGGCACUGUACUAAAGAGAUGUAAACUAGAUAUGUAUAUUAUUAAAAAUCUGCUGAUUGAGUGAAAAUUUUUGUUCAUUAAAGGAACCAAUUAUAUCAAAAAGUAAAAAUUAAGACGUUAAAAGAUAAUAGAAUACAUCAUACUAUUUGAUGCAAUCUUCUUCCUCCUCUCACCGUCUAGCACAAUUAGCUCAAGCUUACGUAAGAUCAACAACUGUUAAAAUCCACUUUCUAUUGACAUCAAUGUGUUUUACCUGGUCAAACCUACGCUAUCAAAAUAAAGACUGACUUACAUUAAACGCUUGGAGCAAAAUUUGGCUACUGCGCAUUGUCCAUGGCUGACAGAACAUACUUUUUAAUCUCUCUUGAUUCUUAGAUAUUCCCUUUCUCGUAUUGGAGUGGUCUUUAGAAUAUUUUCUUUCAUUUAGAAUUCUCUGGGUUCUUAAAUAUGUUUCUCCAUGUAUAGAGAUAUUUUAUGAGUGGGUAAUUAGUGUGGUGUAUUCUGAUAUCUUUCCGAUCUUUAAAAAACACAAGCACUAGGGUCGACAUUCUGGGCUUGACUCGUUGUUGAGGGUACUCCAUUGCGUAGUUGAACCUUCAGCACCGGUGGGAGGAGGCUCUGAAGUCAGACUGGAGGGCUUCCUAAGGACUGCCUCAUCCUGGACUUCGCUUUUCUGGGCCGAUCAGCCAGAAGUUGGCUGCUUCAACUCAGAUUAGUUAAUUCCAACCAGUCCGAUCCUUCCUAGUCUGGCUGUCCCUAAUGCCUGACUGGCUAGGGUUUAGUAAGGUUCGGAUUUGCUGAUUUGACCUGCUUGUUUCUGAAAUCUGUCUGGAUCUGAUCAUAUCUAGACCAUCUCUCUACAUAAUCUUAUUCUGAGUGCCAACCCUGUAUGAAUCAGUCAGAAAUGAAAUGUGACAGAAGUUCAUCCCUUCUAUAAUACUCCUUUCCCAGAAAAGAUAUAUACUGGAUGAUAUCUAUCGCAUGAUAAAGAAAUGAAAUCUGCUUUGUAUACUAAACUAUUGAAUAGAUGCAUUUAAUUUGAAUUCUUAUUACCCAAAAGAAAUGGCAUGCAUUAUUUACGAUUUCCUCGUAAGAAUUUUACAAGGGCUAAGUAGAAAAGAGAAUGGACAUAGGAAAUAAAAGCUGUCCUCUUUCUAUUUAUAUAACUUUUAUUUACGUCGUAUAUGAAGAUCUUUUCUUGUAUGCUCUGUUGCAGCGAGCUUCUCACUGGAGUUGUUCCCUACACAGAUCUGCGCACAGAGGCCCAGGUAUAUGUAUUCUUCUUCUCAGCCUUCAUAAAUAUUAUUUUUAAUUUCGUGUUGCAAACGUUUCUGAUUAAAAUGAGUAUGAAGUUGGUACAAGAUUCUUCAUCAUAUUUAUUAUCAAAAGGCAUAUUCGACUAGUAUGGGAGCCAGUAGAUUGUAUGAUGCAUCCAAAGAUUUAGCUUGACCAGAUCCUAUGAUGUAUCCCAUGAUUUAGUGUAGUCAUACGUAAGGGUGCCUACCUGAUUCCAAUUAUUCAGAAGGUUGUAUCUAUUGCGUGGUUAAACUCUAGCGAGGAUAAAUUUUGGCAUAUUGAUGUUACACAGUGGAUAGAACUUAACUUUUCUGAUUGCAUUAUUUUUACCCAUGUAGUUGAAGAGUAGUUAUUAACGAUCCCAUACGUUUUGCAAAAUUGUCUCAAUAAAGAGGGAGAGAGUCAAUGGUAAUACAGGGAUAAUACAGGGAUAUGCGUUCAAUACACGUACAAACCAGUUCUGCGGGGUACAUUUUCAGGGUCUUGAAACUCAGUAGAAUAUUUUAUACGCUUUAGUCGUAUUCUUUUGCAUUAUUUACAUAUAUUAUGUAUGGUUCAUGUAUAAUCACUCUCUUUGAUACGAAUUUGAUAGGUAAUUAUAAAUUAGUUUAUACUCUGACCCUCGAUUUACUUUCAUUAUAUGAGGUUUAAUCAUCGUUUACUAUGACAUCCAAUCAAAGGCAUUCGUACAUCAUCGCAUAUUAUUUUGAAUUAAACAUUAAUAAGAAGUCUGAUUUGUGAGACUAUCUUCUAUAACCUGUGUCCAUUCUUUGAUGUGACAUUCCGGUUGUUGAUGAUAGAAGCCUUCAAAUGCCCCUAAAUCUGAGUGCAUAAUACUGAGAUAAGUUUUCCUAUAUCUAGAAAUCAUGGUUUCAAGAAAUGGAACUCUGAUUUGAAAUAGGACAAUGCAGAGUUGCAUAGUACCAAUCCCAUCUAUUUUCUCCCGACAAGAGAAAGAACAUUUGAAAUUUGACUCAAACUCAUUCAUUGCAGGCUUUUGGAUUUAAUUUUUCUCAUCAGAUCUCAUUCUAUAUCUGGAAUCAGUGAAUAAAUACAUGUUGGUGAAUGCUGUCUCAUGCUUCCCAAUGAAAUUUCCAGAAGAAUACGUAUUUUGUGUAGCUUACAUUUAUGUAAAUAUUGCAACCAUCCACUGGUUUUAUUUUUCGGAUGAAAACUUUGAGUUUUUUUAAUCAGAAUUAUGAUGGAACUGCCAAAUUCAUGAGUGAUGCUUAGGAUUCGAUGCAAAAUGAUGAUGGAUUUGUUAGGGUUGCUUCCCAAUAAAUUCAGUGCAAGAAAGGUUUCUGAUAUCCUCUACAAUCAUAUUGGUUUCAGUACCAACAGUAGCCUUUCCAGUGCUCAGUAAACCAUGUGAUUUGUCUUGUUAUCUGUUGAAUCAAGAUAAAAAAAUUUGAACGACGUGAUGGGCAAUUGAGUGAUCUUGACCAAAAAUUAUCUCCUGUAUUAGAUUAGGGAGUAUUCCCUAUCGUUUCUGAUACCUUUUUUGAAUAAUCUGCAGCUACGGAACGUGUACAGAGUGACAAAGCCCUUAGUGUUUAUGGGUUCAUGUGUAAUAAUGGCUCCAUGUGUAAAUCGCAUUCUACAUACGAAAAUUCAUCGUGAAUUUAUUUAUCAUAUAUUUCUUGACCCUAUAAUACAGGCUUUGAUUCCAAGUACCCAUUUUAGAGGCUUUCUGACGUGAUUACUUCCAGAUAUCAUGUAAUGCUUAUCAGAUAAUAUACUUUCACGCAGGCACACACUGUCCUUGAAAUGAACUAUACUGAACAGCAGCUCACAGCAGCAGUAGUGUCUGAAGGGUUACGACCUGUGCUUGCUUCUUCCGCAUCUGGCACACCAACAAGUUUGUUGAAGCUCAUCGAGAAAUGCUGGGCACCUAAUCCCAUGGAAAGACCAUCUUUCGAUGACAUAGUGGAAGAGCUUAAGUCAGUCACUAUAUAUGACAAAAGAACAGGAAAGGUAGCCAAAGAUGACAUAGCUUCCCCUAGCAUGUCAAAUGAGAAUGGUAUCAACAACUCCAAAAGCUAUCAGGAGAACUUAAACUGGUUUUCUCGGGGAGAACAGUGGUCCAAAACAACUCGAUCAGCCAAUUCCAAAUUCGCAGUAUGGACCAGCUUGAUCAAUGGUGCUCACGUUUACAUACCAACACUUUCUUGGGGAUCAUUUUCAACAUGUGGGAGAAGGGAGAGCAUGGAAGAUACACACUUCAUGCUUCCAAAAAUGUGUGAUGCAAAUGAUACAUAUUUGUUUGGGAUUUUUGAUGGUCAUCGAGGUCAUCACACCGCAGCUAUUUUUUGGUGAUUAUUGAGAAAUUUCUUGCUAUUACAUCCAGGCAUAAAAACCAUUUUCUUUGAUUUUCACUUUCCAGGAGCAGCAGCUGCUGAGUUUUCUGCUCGAGCACUCCCCGGAUAUUUACAGACAUUGGACUCUACAAGCUGGUGGAAUUUUCUUCACUUGAUUAUUUCUUUUUACUCUUACGUAUUUUCUUGACAUUAGUUCGUCACACCUUUGACUUUUUGAUGCAGUCCAUCAGAUGCGUUAAUUGAAGCUUUUGUUAAGACUGAUUAUGCAUUCAGAAAUGAGUUAGUAUCUCAACGUAACUUGAAAAGAGUCACUCAGAAAGAUUGGCAUCCAGGUUGUACUGCGAUUGCCUCCUUAAUUGUCCGGGACAAACUUUUUGUUGCAAAUGCUGGAGAUUGCCGUGCUAUAUUAUGUCGUAGUGGUCACCCAGUUCCUCUUAGUAAGGUAAGAUAAACUCUUGUGCAUGCCAAGUUUGUUCCUUAGUUUAUCCAUUCACAUUGUGCUCAACGAAUCUAUAUAGGAUCAUGUUGCAAGCUGUCCUGAUGAAAGAGCACGAGUCGUCAAACAAGGCAUGGAAGUGAAAUGGCAAGUGGACACGUGGAGAAUUGGUCCAGCUGCUCUCCAGGUUCUUUCCAAAGACCCAGGUUGUCCGUUCUUUUUACGUCCAAUACUUUGAACGUCACUUCACUAGAGGUCCAGUUCUCUAACUAUGUAAAUUAUCUAACUUGUUGGUGUCCAGAUCAAUCAAAACAUUCCUUCUUAUACACAUUUUCCAUUAGUCAUUAAUACUUGGGCAGUUUUCUUUUUUAAAAAGCUAAUGUUAUUUCCUUUCUUUAAUGAUUUUAAAGAUUGAGAAUAUAGUACCUUACUAGACAGGAUAAGGUGAGCACAAAGUGAUAGCCUAUGUUCUUCUGACCAAAGAUGGUAAGACAGGCUACAAAAUAGUUUAUAUGAGGAAUUAUUUGAAUGGUCUCCAUUGUGCAAUGGUACCCUUGGUAGUGGCUUUCUGUUACGGCUAGUCCUCAGCUCCUAUCAAGGUGCUUAUUGUUUUUCUACAUGUUCUGAAGGGAUCAAAUUCUUCAAUUCUAAACUCUUUUUUGUAUUUGAACAUGUACCGUUGGAGAUUGGUGAAACAUUUUUUUAUUGUAAUUGACACAGAGGCAGCUUGCCUCUGUCUGCGCUUCUGCCUCCAAAAUGGAUUCAAAUCAAAUGAGAAAGCAUAAAUAUGAAAUUUCAUAAUACGCAGGUUUCAACUUCUAUUAUUAGAGCAACAAAGAAAGCCAUUUAAGCAGGUCAAAUCACUCGCUUUAUAAGAUGUUCUCUAUCCAUAUCCGAUCCUUUUGAGUGGUUUCGUGCCGUCUUUCCCUGGAAACGCAUGCGAAGUUAACCCUACAUUUAUGAAUCUAAUCCCAUGUGCGCAACAUAUUUAUUCGCGGCCAUUUUUUUAAUCUUAAUGAAGUGUCAUGCAUCGUCAAAUUGAAAAUAUAUUCAAUUUCAUAAAUGAUUUUAUAUUGAGCUUCUACUUUGACCGGCAUACCUUUGGCUGAGCAGGUGACGAGAUCAAUUGGUGAUGAUGAUUUGAAGCCAGCUGUAACUGCUGAGCCUGAAAUAACUGAGACUUCUCUAUCAGCAGAUGAUGAAUAUUUGGUAAGCAGUUUAAAUUCAUCUAGAUGAAUGUAGAUCGCCAAUCAAUUCAUUUUAUACUUCAAUAAAUGUUCAUAAAUUUUCCUUAAAUUUUAUCUUCUCAGGCGAAGUAGAUGGCUAUAGAAAAAAAAUUGGUCCUUUUUUUCUUAAAUUUUUUGAAGAAUCUCGUCUCUUACCUUUUUAAAAUGCGAAUCAUCUUCAAUUAUCGCUAACAGCCUUAAGAGACAGCAGACGAUGUUCUGAAUGCUUUAUUGUCAGGAGCAUUAAUGAAAAUCUAGGGGUCCUGCACCUUGUGCCGAUGGAUAAAAAGCAUCCAUGUUUAAACAUGCUCAACUUUGCUGGGCAUGAUUUCAAGAAUCCUUUUCACAAGGAUUUCUGUGAGGCUCCUGAUCUGGGACAUAGAAAGUCAGUUGCUGACUUUCCGUAAGCAUCAGCUCAUGACCUGAAAUCUGCUCUAUACACUGGAAGAAUCAGGUAGCAUGGAAUUGGUACCUUGGCAGUGAAAAGGAUUCAAUUCUAAAUGGGCUUAAAAUCACAUGCUAUUCUGCGUAAUAUGAUUCAGAAGAUUCAUUUUACCAUAAGGACUUGUAAUAUUUAUCGGCAAUGCUUUCAUUUAUAAUGCUUUCUGCAGAAAAAUCGGCAUAAUUUAUACAGCAGGCACUGUCUUAUCUGGCUUCACCACCGUGGCUUGCAUGUGCUAAGGGAUAAAACUUAGGAUGUAACCUGUCAUACCGAGAAAGAUUGAUUUCGGGACAUAUUUACAUACUUAUGCAGUUGCAACUGAAAGUUCCCAGAUUAUUAGCUUUCAUCUUUGACCUUUUCUAAACCGUAUAUUUCGGUAUCAAAUACCGAUAUCAGAAGAAGGUCAAAAUAAAUCCAACGUGAUCCGUGAACCUCACCUGAUUCUGCACUAAAGCUAUAGAACGUCUCUUAGGGUCUAUUAUUCUGUUCAGUCUGUUGCUGUUGUAUUGUUGCUGAAGAUUGAAAGUGAAAAGGGAUCUCUUCAUGAGAUAUGAUCUGUUGUAUCUGGUUUCACCACUGUGGCUUCCACUAGAUAUGUCACUGACCAACAAAUCAUAUAUGAGAUAUUUCAUGAGUAUAGAUAUGAUGUAAGCUAUAACAAGAGAAAAAUGCUUUCACACGUUAACCAUCGUCAUAUAUGAGAUAUUUUAUGUAAUUAAUAUAAAAAAUGGCAUUUUAUAAUAUUAAUUAUAUAAAAUGGCAUAUCAAAUAAUUGUUUACCAUGUGCACCAGCAUUUUGAGCUAGGUUGUAUCAUAAUAUUUCAGCCAUAAACCUGCAUUAUCUCGUACCAAACCAUGCAAAAUUAGAAUAAUCUAGAGUAGCUGUGGACCAUCAGAUUUCCUUCAUCCUCGUUAUAGUUCCUGGCAAUGAAGUUUCCAUUAGAAAGCUACCGUUGGCAUGCAUUGGCAGGCUCUAUGAGUCGCCCAAAUCCCCAAAUAACCGUUGACUCUGUGCCCUUUCUCUAGAAUGCGUCUUGCAGGCGAAUUCUCUGUGCACUUAUGCAACUAUUUCUUUCUCGAUUGGCUUUCUUUUCAGGUCAUGGCAAGUGAUGGCCUUUGGGACGUCGUAAGCAAUGAUAAUGUGGUGUCCAUCAUCAGAGACACUGUCAAAGAGCCCGGCAUGUGCUCUAAAAGACUGGCCACUGAAGCUGUGGCCCGUGGCAGCAAAGAUAACAUCACAGUGAUCGUCGUCUUCCUUCAGCCAGUAUCAACAGCAGAAAGAGUGUACUAG